AGAAAUGUGUUUCUAAAGUGUGUGGUUUUGCCAGCCACGAUGAUGAAGUAGUGAUACUCCUUCCUGAGCAUGAAGUGGGCAGAGAGACUUGAUUUAUAUCACAUGCUCUCUGCUUUUGAUGACCGUUCGCUGUCUCUUCUGGGGACGAUGAGGGAAGGAGUAUGAUCAGAGUGGUAGUGCAUUCAUGUUGAAUAUUAAUGACAGUGUUUCUGUGCAACAAAGCUUAUAUUACAUAUGCCGCUAUGUCAGCAUGUGAAAGAUAUUGUCAAAAAUGUUGGAAAACAACAAAGUAUACUUAUUUUGUUGUGUAGAGGAGUGAUGAUGAAUAGAUACUAUACCUCAAAAACGUCCUAAUUUUGUAAUACUAAAUUGUAGAGAGAGGUAAUUCACAACAGUUAAUCACCACGAAAUCCCACUUAAUGGUCGCUUAGUUUUGUUUGUUCCAGAUAUAGUACUUUUACUUUGAUACUUUCCCCCAUAAUGUCUGUCAGCUGGAUUUGUUGGCUGAUGCAAAAGGGAUAUUUUGUGAAUUUACUGGGAAACACGUUGCAGCAAAUCCUUUUUUUCUGCUAUGGAUAACAAAGUAAAUAAUGUGAAAAUCUGAAGGGAUUAUUACCAAGAAUAGGCCGUGGUGAUGUAACCUUAUUUGCCCAUGCAGGCUUGAGUAUUGUGCUGGUUUUCUGUGUGCUCUGCGGAGCUUUUUUUGUUGCUGGUCGUCCAGAGGAGGCGGGUUUGUGCUCCACCUGCCAAGAAGACGGCCGGGACAAAUUCCGCUCUGCUGGCCUGGAGAAACACUCACAACUUAAAAAAAAAAAAAAAAGCAACAAUGACUUUCUUCUCCUUUUGAAUCGUGUUAACUGCUCCGUGUCAGUGAUUGACGUGAGAAACUAGGGGGAGGAUCCGCUGCUGCUUUUUGGAGACGCAGAUCAGACUGCAUGCUGGAGCUCAAACCUCACAGGAAGAUCAUUCAUUUUUGAUCUGAGGACUUUUUUACAGGCUCUUUGAAUCGUAUUUUUCAUUUGUAUCGCUGUGUUAUUGAUCAGAGGAGCUCGUCUCAGCGAGAAACAUGAAACGCAAAUGAUGUUUAACAUUUCUAUAGAUGGAGCUUCAUUCUCUAAGAACUUGGAGGACUUUGACUCUAUUCGCAGUGUUCUCCUUUACAGUGACUUGGAACCCGAAUGGCUGGACGAUAUCCAGAAGAAUGGUGAGCUGUUCUACCUGGAGCUGAGUGAGGGUGAAGAGGAGGCUGUGUUGGUCCAGGCCACUGCUAAUCAAGGUGUGUCCACUAAUCAUGUUCGCUUCAGUGAAAAGGAGGCCGAGAUCAUCACGGAGCAAAAUAAGAAACAGCGAUGUGGUUCACGGACAAAAGGCGAGCCCCCGCUUAAAAGACUAGCCAGGAUCCUGAGGAGAAAGCGGCGGCCUUCUCAGCGUAGAGGAGGGAAGGAUGGAGGUAAAGACAGCUCAACUUUAUCACCUCCUGCGUCCAUCCUGAAGAACCAGCCCAGCCAAAGGCAGGGUGUGACUGUUCAGCGGCAGCAACUGAAGGAAGUGUGUGUCUACCUCAACCCUAAACGAUUAGGAGGUUCGUCAACGCCUCUCUGUGACAGCGGAGGGCUGCUGGAAGCACUGCUGGGAGUGGUGCAUCGCCCUGCAUGGAGCAGAAGUCAGGGAGAACCUGCAGCAGUCAGACAGGAGGAAAGACUGACUGUGCAUGGAUUAAUACCAAACAGUCCUGCCAUCAAAUGUGGGCAGAUUCUAAUAGGUGAUGUGCUUGUAGCAGUGGAUGAUGUCGAUGUGACCUCAGAGAACAUUGAGAGGGUUCUGUCCUGCAUCCCAGGACCAACACAGGUGAGGCUGACCUUGGAGACUGUUGCUCCGGUGGACAAAGGCAUUGCUGGUGACACCUCAUCACUCCGUAAGAUGAAAGCGUCUCCACCGGUCAGCCAGCUGGUGCGUCUCCUGUGGGGGGAGGACACAGCUGAGCUCCAGAUGUCCAUCGGACACAUCCCACAUAUCGUCAUGUAUCUGUCACUUAAACUGGACUCUGCAUCGCCACAGGAGGAGGAGGAAAUCUUGUACCAGUAUCCGGUGUCUGAAGCAUCCAGCCAGCUGAAAGGAGUGAGGGGAAUCUUUCUCACCCUGUGUGAUAUGCUGGAGAACGUCACAGGGGGGCAGAUCGUCAGUUCAUCUCUCCUGCUCGGGAAACAUCUGGUACAUGUUGGCUACUGGAAGGAGAGCAACAACCUGCUGGUCAUUGGCCUUCCUGCUGAGAGGGUUCCUCUGCUGUAUCUGCAGACGGUGGUGGGAGAUGUAGUGCGGACACUAAAAGUGAUGUACGGCUCCUUAGACAGUGCGUUCUGUAAGGUGGACCACACUCCCAGGUUGGACCAUUUCUUCUGCCUGUUCUUCCAGCAGCUCAUCCAACCUUCACGUCUGAGGGAAGGCUCAUCGGCCCCGCCUUCCGACGUCUCAGGGACCCUUUUCCUGGAUGGGCUACCGGCGGUCCGAUGGCUCACACUGCCUCCAGAAAUCAAGAUGGAGGUGGAUACUGUUCUUUCUGAUUUCGAGUCUUCUGAUUUUGGAGAAAUGUCUGAGGACUUUUUUGGCCUGAGGCGCCUUUAUGUAAUUCUUGGCUCCUGUUUGUUCUACAAGUCCUACCUGAUUGCCAACCAUCUGCCUAAGGAGGACCUGCUGGAUGUGUGUCUGUACUGCCAACACUACUGCCUGCUGCCGCUGGCCUCAGAACAGCGUGUUGGUCAGCUGGUCAUCUGGAGGGAGGUGUUUCCUCAGCAGAGAGCUAAUGGAGGCAGCGGCAGCACGCCGGGAUACAGCCAGCCUCAAGGACGCCACUUCCUCCUCAUAGUGGGGCUGAGGCACUUCAUGCAGUGUGUACUGUUGGAAGCAGGCGGCUGUGCUUCACCGGCUGUGGGCUCUCCAGGACCGGAUUGUGUUUACGUGGAUCAGGUGAAAGCCACCCUGUUACAGCUGGAGGUGUUGGAGGCAGGUAUUGAAGAGCGCCUUAAUGCUCCACCUGCUCCCUGCCUGUCCUGUGCUGACUGGUUCCUCCCAGCUGCCACGGCCCGAGACCGCCUCGACAGCCUCACUUCUUCUUCCCCCAUCCUCAGCAAGCUGGCCGGGGCCGUUAAAGGCUCCUCAUCGGGCUCCAGAGGUCGCAGCCUGUUUGGGGAGAAGUCCAGGAAGUCCAGCCCACAGAGGAGCCUGUCAGACAGCGGGAGCGAGGGGCAGAUGGAUGCUGGGUCAGGGUCCAGUUCUUCAAUGGCUCCGGGCCUCAGUCCACACUCCACCCCGGACUCAGCGAGGAAGCUGGGGGGCCGACGGGACUCGAUGGGGUCUGGAGGGUCUGAUGGGAGUGGAGGCAGCGGAGGCCUCUUCAAGCAGGUAUCCAGGAUGAAGCACCCAAACCCUUUCUACUUGGGCACCCUGAAGAAGACCCUGACUGAGAGGGAGACAGAGGAGAUGUACAACACCAUGAAACUGACAUCGGGUGCAGAGAACACCUUGUUCCACUACGUCCUGAUGGAAACUGUGCAGGGAAUCUUCAUCGCUCCGACUCACAGAGAAGUGGCUCAGCUCAGCGGCUCCAUUCACCCUCAGCUCAUACGCAACUUCCACCACUGCUGCCUCUCCAUACGAGCCGCCUUCCAGCAGAGUCUGCCAGCCAGGGGCCGCCGUGCAGCAGACAGGCCUCAGAGCGGCGGUUGGGGUCUCGGUCCAGUCAAAGAACACGGGGUUCUAUUUCAGUGUAAACCUGAGAACUGGACCGACCAGAGGAAACCAGCUCCCACCAUGACGUACUGGGUCAUAGGGCGGAUGUUGCUGGAGCCUGUUCCUCAGGAGUUCUAUGUGUGCUUCCAUGACUCGGUGGCAGAGGUUCCUGUAGAGAUGGCCUUCAGACUCUCCUUUGGUUUGGCUUUAUGAUGCAUCAUCCCCUCUCAUCAGCACAGUGGCAGCAAGGAACACAAGAUUUGUUCAACUAAUGAAGCAUCAGUCGCAUUCUCAGGAAAAGAGCUCAAACUGAUGCUUGUCAAAAGCAUCUGAGAGCAAACGUAGGGAUUUUAUGCCCAUCUCUGAUGGAUAAUCUAACAUCGGAGCUUUUUUCUCAUUUUUCCACGUGAUUUUCUGCAGAUAGCAUCAGAGUACGAUAGAGGAGUGCCUUUGUUGCUCAUCAGAAACAUGAGCAACCUUCUUUAAAAGUGUGUUUGUGCACAUUACCGUAAAUGCCACUCAGUCAGUGAAUACCUCAGACAAGCCUAAUUGGAGCAGACCUGACCUUCUGGUGAGAGCAGCUGCCAUGAAGUUUACUAAGCUGGACCGGAAAAAAAUGACGCUGCUGCAUACAUCUCUAUGCUGACACAGCAAAAAGGUUGUAUUGAUAGUUUUCACACAUUUUAUGCAGUCAAGUAAAAGCAUUCAUUGUUACUUAAUUUAAAUUUUGUACAGUUUUGUAUGGAAAUGGAGUCAUUUGUUGCAUAAAGAACAUUAUUAAUUAAAAUGUAAUACAGUUUCUCUUUUGUUUCA